AUGGAACCUACAAGACAACACGACAACAAAGUAUUCAACUCCGUUGUAGAUUAUCGGUGGUUUUGCUGCAAAAGAACUUGCUGCCUACUCGAAAGCCGGGAGUGUAGCUGAACAAAGUAUUUCUUCGAUCAGAACUGUCGCUGCAUUUGGUGGAGAGGCAGAACAAACUAAAAAGUAACGUAUAAUUUAUGUUGUGUUGAAAGUAUGUCAGAUAAGUUUGAUUGAAAAUUCAGGUAACAAUCGUAUGUGAUAUCGGGGAAUAACUAGCAUUCAAUAUUAUAUUCAGGUUAAUAGUGGUAUAAGUGUAGCAUCAGAGCCGUUACUAAGAUAAUUGUUUGACAACAUUUUUUUUUUUGACAAAAUUUUGACAGUCAGGGGUGAAAGCAGUGCACGACCAGCAGUACUUAAAGACUGUACAGUAUAUAUAAUUUCGUUUCGUUUUAGGUACGACAUUCAUUUGACUAAGUCUUGUAAAUUUGGAAUAAACAAAGGAUUUGGAAUCGGUAUUGGAAUGGGAAUAUUUCAAGUAACUACUCUUGGAAACUACGCUUUCUCUUUGUGGUAGGAUAUUUUUAGUCACCGUGGACCUGAAUAUUUUAAAGCAAAUUAUCCAAGUCAAUGUUAGAAAUGCGACUAGUCUCUUUUUCUUUCAUCCACUAUGGUCCAAAUUGCAUGCAAAUUAUAGUAUAUGCCCUAAUUUAUACCGUAGUAAUCCAACUAUAAAUAUUCGUCAUUUUUACUAAAUAUUCCUUCGACUGGUGAAAAAUAUUUCUUGUAUUUUUAGGUAUGGUGUAAGGUUGAUCAGAGAUGGUGAUGCAGAACCAGGCGAUGUUGCUAGUGUAUGUAAUGUUAUGUAUGCUUGGUUAUUUUCCUUCUAUUUUCUGUCUGCUCCGUUGGACUAAUCAGACAUAAUCCUUGCUGGACUUUUAAGAAGAACUGUUUUGAAAUGACAGAGAUAUCCGGUAUAAAUAAAAUUAGAAUUUGAUGUACAGUGGCGGUAAAAGAUCAAGGAUCUCUCUUUCUUUCCAGGUGUUUUACAUGGUAAUGUUGGGUUCAGUAAUGGUAGGACAAGGAGCUCCCUGCAUGGAAGCCUUGGCGGCUGCCCGAGGCGUCGGCUAUACCAUCUUCAAUAUCAUCGAGAGAGUAAGAAUCUUUUUAUUUUGUUAUAGCUUUGACUCGGGUGUAACUGAAUUUAAUUCGCAUUUGACCACCAAGUUUGAGAUAUCUUUUUCAGGUAGCAGAACAUGUGUCUUUUUCAGGUUAGCAGAACAUGUGUGUUACACCAAACACGAGAUUGCGUGGGAAAACUCUAAAGUAAUUACCACAAACAAUCGCUAUAGUCAAAGACUUUGCCUAGAAGCGUGGCAUAUAAAUAUGAGUAAUCAUGCUUUGAAUAGGGAUGACGGUGCCUAUUUGCCAGAGGAAUACAUGCAUCUCAUUGGCAGGUGACGUCAUCCCUUGGGUAUUUAAGAAGCCACGAUUGUAACUUUAGAUCACCCCUGAUGAAGACACUAGACUGGAGUGUCGAAACGUUGGGUGUUGAGGUUGUAAUCAUUUAUUUAAACCAGAGUAGCGAGCGAAAUAUGAUUUUUCAGGUAGUUCAGAUACAAACCAUGUCAGUUUAUUGUAGAAUUACCUGCACUGGUAGUUCACACACCGAACCACUGCAUCAUAUUGUAGAAUACAUUUCUCUGCCUUAGACCCUCCCAAGGGAAUAUAUAUAUGCCCAUUUAUACUUGCAAUUUCUCCUGCGAUUUUAGGUGCGAUUUUCUUCUUCUGAUGGAUGUGAACGAGUGAGAUGGCUUAUGAAUGCUCUGAGUAUGUAUACGCUCAUCUGAACAUUCAUAACUCAUCCACUCGUUCACAUCCAUCACAAGACGAAAAUUGCACCUUAAAUCGCAGCAAAAAAUUGCAAGUGUAAGCGAACCUUAUCAAUGCUUAUAAUUGACCAUGCCCUAAAGAUACCAUUGUUUUAAUAUUUAGAACUCUGCAAUCGACCCAUCAUCUGCUGUGGGCAUGAAACCAGAGGUCAUAGGUGAUGUGGAGUUUCGAGAUAUUGAUUUCGUCUAUCCUUCAAGACCUACUGUGCAGGUAAUACAGAUGUUACGAUUUUUCAAAGUUUGGUUUACGGCAAGUAUAGGGUCUGAAAUAUGUUUAAAAAACUCAUUAAUAAUUCAGGAAGAAAACACAAAGAAAAAUCAUAAGCGUGUCGUAUCUUUUUCUGAGAUAAAAAAUCAUGUUAAUUUACAUAAACUUUAGCUUUGAUUUUCUCGGUUUAGACAAAGUUUAUUUUAAAAAUUACUUCGCCAAUGAACUCAUAUAAGAUGAGUCGUUUUUUAAGCCAUUUCAAGCACUUGUAGUCGUGUUUUAUCAGAUAUAAAACCUCGCGUUUUAUAUCUGAUAAAACACCCCUACGCGUGCUUUAAAUAGUACAUAUAAUUUUCGCAAUUUCCAUCUACAAAAAGCUUUCAACAUCAUAUUUCCUGAUGACGGCUCUGAUGUACUAAUCUUCUUUACCAGAUUUUAAAAGAUUUCAGUCUGAAAGUUCCGCAUGGUAAACGUGUUGCUCUUGUCGGAGAAAGUGGCUGUGGGAAAAGUACUGUCGUUAAACUUAUCUCCAGAUUUUAUGAUCCUCAAAAAGGCUCGGUAGGUCUAGACGCUCAGAUUAUAUAUGUUGAGGUUUUUAGCCUGACCUAUCCGUCUACGUGCAAAGCCGUGAUAUUUGUAGCGCAAACUACGAAUUUAUGUGUAUGAUGCAGCUGCCUGAAAAUGUAUAAAGAAAUUCACCCUGUGACUCCCAAACAUCGUCUGUUUUCCCCGGUAUUCUGAUUUCUCCAGCAGUACUAUACACUAACGCCUGUAUUCCAAAAGCUUAUACUCACACUUAAAGAGUGGAGAUUCUAUCUGAGCUUCCCUUGGGUGCCAAUGCUGUAUUUGAAUAGCUGGAGAGUGAGUAGUCAUGUAGUAAGGUAUGACACUAACCCUCCAGCUAUUCAAGAACAGCACUGACACUCAAGAGAAGCUCAGAUUGAACCUCCACUCUUUGAGUGUGAGUGAGCUUUUAGAAUACAGGCGUAGGUCAACUACAAGGAAGACUCACUUGUGAACCUGUAAAAAGAAGAGUUUAGAACUGGUGGAACAAUCCAAGAUAAAUAAAAUGAGUUUAGUUCAUGUUUUCUCAUGUAAUGAGACCGUAUCAAGAACUGAGCCUCCAGAAAAAAACGUUCAGAACUGAUAGGGCUAUUUGGUAUUGGAAUAAUGUUAAUUUAGUUUUAGUAUACUUUUCGGGGUUUUUUUCAGGUUUUACUUGACGGCAAGAACAUAAAAGAUAUAAAUGUCAGUCACCUUCGAAGUCAUAUUGGUGUAGUGAAUCAAGAACCAAUUUUAUUUUCAACAACAAUUGCUGAAAACAUCGCAUACGGUCGAGAAGGAGUCACGCAACAAGAAAUUGAGAAAGCCGCCAGGGCUGCAAAUGCUCACAAUUUUAUCUCACAGUUUCCAAAGGUAACAAUGGUAACAAUGCAAUUGGUUGAUUUCAGUUAGGAAAUUGCAUUUUCAAGUCUUGUUUUUCCAUGCACUAGGGUUAUGAAACGCAAUGUGGUGAACGAGGUACACAAAUGAGCGGUGGUCAGAAACAAAGGAUUGCCAUAGCGCGAGCUUUAGUAAGAAAUCCAAAGAUAUUAUUGUUAGAUGAAGCCACGUCUGCCUUGGACUUCGAGAGCGAAGCUAUCGUACAAGAGGCUCUGGAUAGAGUAAGUGGUAUUUCAAGUGAUAAAUCUUGUAAGGAAAAGCCUUCAAGCAUACUACUACAUAUAAGGACACAAACUAACAUCAUUUUCUCACUCAGAUUACUGUAGGUUGGCUAGACGUUGUGCUAUUAACUUUGUCAUUGUAUGUUUUACAAUAUGCGUUUAGGCAGGCGAAGGUCGUACAACAAUUGUGAUAGCACAUCGUUUAUCAACAAUCAGAAAUGCUGACAUUAUAGUGGUUGUGAAGGAAGGUCACAUGGCGGAAACUGGAACUCAUGAAGAGUUGAUGGCGAUACCGAAUGGAAUUUACAAAACUCUCGUCAGAUUUCAGGUGUGACAAGAAAACUCAAUGCAUUGCAGACAUGUCUGACGAGAAUGUAGUGCUCUGAGCUAAACCGUACUGCAUACAGGGCUUUCAAAAUAACCCGGCGGCCGCGGGUGGCACGAAGUUUACCGCCGGUUACUGUGUUUAGUACUUGAAUUGUCAAUUCUGCUCUCCUUCCUCCACUCUGAGCUUUCAAACAAAGUUAUUUUUCCUCAACUUGGUCCACUUUAUAUAGCCUGGCCAUUUUCGAAAAUGACGUACUAUUUUGUAAAACUGAUUUAGUUAUUUGCCAUCUUAAAUCUUGAAGUUACUUUGUUGAAGAAUGAAAGCAAGGGACUGGUCAUGAAGUAUAUAGGUGGGGGUGAGCUAUGGAAAUUGAGAAGUCAAUCAUUUUCCAAAUCUCAAAUUGUAGAACGCCCCCUUCCAACAGCCGCCUACUUUAUCAAAACAGACGCCUACUUUAUCAAAACAGACGCCUACUCUGAAUAAUGCUGAAAGCCCUGUGCAUAGCUGUACCAGUUCGAAACUGUUCUCGCGGUGGGAAACUGUUCUCGGGUCAUCCUACUGAACUGUUUCCCUGGAGGUUAUAUAAGAGCCAUCCCUUAUUAUUGGUUCAUUGUUGCUGCAGGAGAAAUCCGGGGAUCUUAUGGUAAACCUGUUAUGUCUGGUAGAAUCAAAUAAGAAACAUUCUUUUCACAUGUGAAAUUAUAAUGAGACAACUGCGUAUUCAAGGAACCGAACCCCCGUCACAGAGAUGAAGCUAUAUAUAUCCACUACUUAAUUGACAAGACAGAAAUGAGUGCAAGGACAUCAUUUUUUAUUUGACUGUACAAUUUUUGCUUAUGAACAGAAAGCUGUAGAUGACAAAUUUUAUGAUGAAGGUGAUGAUGCAGAAGAUGAUGAAGAAGAAGCCAAUGAACGUUUUCAGCUUGAGGAAGGUAACGUAAUCAAGGUUUUUCUUUGACAUUUGAAGGUCAACUGGCAGAAAGAAUUUAUUCAGUUGCAAAGGAUAAUAAAUUGUCCACUGAGACUCCUGGGUUGCAGAAUAAUUGUAAUUAUACCACUUUUUGAUUUGCUGUUUUAGUGGAUGGUCUGUUUGAACUUGGAUCAUUUACAUGCAGCAGCAGUGUUGAUGGGUACACCAAGACAAUUGUGGUAAGAAGGGUUGGGGAGAAGAGAGAGGAUGAAAAGAAGCAAGGAUUGGCAGGGGAGAAGAAAGUGAAAAAGAGUAGAAGGAAGGGGAGGGAGGGAAGAAAGGACGGAAUGGAGGAAGUAAAGAGGAAGGGAAGGGAAGGGAGGGGGAAAGAAAGGGAGAGGGCAAGGAAGGGGGGAGGAAAGCAAAGGAAGAGGGAGUAUAGGAUGGGUAAGAGAGGAAGGAAACGAGAAUGGAAGGAAAAACACAAGACAAAUGGGAGGUAGAGAAAAGCAGGAAGGGGAGGGGCAAAAGAGGGAGAGAAAAGUGAGGAGGGAAGAGAAGAGGGAAGCAAGGAAGGGAGGGGAACAUGGACAAACUGACGAAUGAGGAUAAAUUGUGCGAGAAAUGUAUGAGAAAAAGAAUAUGGUUCAGAAGGACAUAAUUAAUUACAUCUAUUUUCAGACAGAGGAAGGUGAGGCUGUAAAACCAAUGUCGUUUUUCAAAAUCUUGAAAUAUAACUCGCCCGAAUUCUGGUACAUUGUGAUUGGCUGUCUUGGUAGUGCAUUGUAUGGAUCGAAUCCUUUUGUCUAUGGCAUUGCCAUAGGAGGCAUGUUUGAGGUUCGUUUAUUUGACGUUUGUUACUUAUGUAUUUUCUUUGCUUUUCUUAAGUGGGUGUCUAUUGUAGGUAGUAUUCGACAAUAAGCUGCCGUAGUUUGUGUUUGAACUAUCUGAAAAGGAUAUUUCAAACGUGCAAGUCCAGUGUAGGCAAUAUUAUACAAUUGCUACCAUGGUUUGGGUUUGAACUACCUGAAAAAGAUAUCUCUAACUCUACAAUAAAACGCUGACGUGGUGUGGGUUUGAAUUACCUGAAAAACACAUCGAAGUUUGGAUCCUUUGUGUUGAAAGUCGCCAAUUGCCUCGAAAUGGAUCAUUCCUUGUCUUAUGCUACUUUCCUUUACAGGCAUUUACCUAUGAUCCUAAAAUUUCAUCUGAACGAGAAAAAAUGGAGGACAUUUCAGUAAAAUGGUCCAUCGUUUUCUUCGCAUUGGGAAUAGGUAGUGGUGUCGGAAUAUUUCUCCAAGUGAGUUUUAUAAUUAUAGAAGUUCUUUGGAUAUCAUAAUAUAUGUUUUGGUUCAUGGGAAACACCACAUAUACUUAUUAUUGCAAAGCUUUCCAACUAUUUGAUAGUUCAAGACUCUUGCCAGUGCUAUCCUAACUAGUUUUUAUGGAUAGUUCGUUUUGUCAAUUGAGGAUGACAAUUGAGGAUGAGAGUUGAUGAGGGUUGCAAUUCUUGUAGUUCGCGUUUGAACGCCAAUUGUCAUCGCAGACAUCGGCUCUCAUUAUCUUUGGUUUGGUUCAAACUCUUAUCAACUCUUGUUCUCAUUAAUCAGGGCUUGAGAGUAGAGAAAGCUCUCAUGCAAACUCUCGCUUGCCAACUCUCAUUAACUCUCCCGUAUCUAGAAUAACGUAUCUAUAAUGUACACUUUAUGCGAUGUUUGUACUUUUUGAAUCCUUUACCGGCUGAUAGUUUCAGCAAAUAUAAAACUAAUGUUAUUCCGAAAAAAUUAUGCAUUUCAACAACACCUCUAUUUUAAAAACAAUUUUUAAAAUAGUUGUGUUGUUAAAUUUGUACUUUUUGAGUUAACUAAAUUUGUAUAUUCCUAUAGAACUGGAUGUUUGCCAAAUCAGGAGAGGCUCUCACACAACGGUUACGAAAAUGGUCAUUCGUGGCUGUUCUCAGACAGGUACUGUUGUGUCAACAAAUACCAUGGCAUUUUUAAUAUAACGUUUGGGCUGGUCGUGAAAAUGUGGACCCCCUGAAACUGUAGACACACAUCUCCUUAAAAACUGCUCAUGUGAUAAAGCUGAUCUAUCUGUGACUAAUAUUUAGUCAAAAUUUUAAGAAGAUUUCCUUACAAGAUAUUUUUUUGCUUCAGGAAAUUUCCUACUUUGACAAACCGAAGAACAGCACAGGAGCUCUGUGUAGCAGGCUGUCCACAGACGUGUCCGCAGUUCAAGGGGUAGGUAGAGAUGUUAGUCUUCUUAAUUGUUUACACAGAGCCGUGGUUGCUAUUAUUACACUAUUAUUAUAACCUCUAUUAUAAAGCAGACAACUCCGUUAAACAGACACAUUUGUGAGGUCCCAAAGGUAUUCGUUUAAUAGGAGUUAAACUGUUGCUGAAAUAUUGUAUAUGAAAAUAUGUCCUUGUGCUUUUCUAGGCAACCGGUUCUCAGUUGGGCUUCAUUUCAUCCAGUUCUGUGUCCGUUAUUGGAGGUCUGCUUGUUUGCUUCGUCACCAGCUGGAAAUUAAGUUUAGUGAUGACGUCAUUUGCACCUCUUAUGUUAUUGUCUGGGGUGUUUUUCAUGACUGCUUUGGGCGCUAGUACCCGAAGAAAUCUGGAAGAAGACGCGGGCAAGGUAAUCAGGGAAUCUUGGAGCCCUUGACCUUGGAGUCGUAAUUAGAAUGUAUCUAUACUGGAUAGGUCAAUCAGCUGUUAGAGAUCAUCUCUCAUUACUCCAGUGUUACUACUGUAAGAAACCUAGACUGUAUUUCUACUGGAUAGCUGUAUCAGUUUUAAACUGAGGUCCAGUAAGGCCAGUUAUCCCACAUGUGAAUGAGGUGAAAUUAUAAUCAGACAAGUGUAUAUUGCAAGAAUCCCGCACGUCGAGGUGAAGGGUGCAUGCAGCAACCACUGUGACACCAAUAGUGAGUAUCAAGAUGGCGUAUCAUAAAUUCAUAAUCAAGAUGGCGGAUGUCAGAUGGCUCUAUUGGGGUCCGACUAUUUGUCAAGUCACCUUUUGCCAUCUUAAUGAUUUAUUUUUUUGUUGUGUAUCAGUCAGCUAAUCAAUUUUAAAAAUUUAUAAAAUAUUAUAGUUUUUGUGAAUAUUCCAGUUAGUUGAUUGAAGUAUAUAUAUUCUUCUACGGUUGCUUAUCAAGUUAGCCCAUUAUGGCUAUUUAAGCAACCGGUGUCAUGCAUGAUGGAUUUUUGUUGUUGAGUGUGAUAAAUAUGCAGUAAAUACUUGUAGACACAAAUAAACGUUGUUGUUAUUAUUCGUUGCAACUUUGUACACUAGCAAAACAAUGUUCUUUGUGUCCCUUACAGGUUGCAGAGGAGACAUUAUCCAAUAUUCAAACAGUCGCAUCCUUAGGUCGAGAGGAAGAAUUCUUUGAACGGUAUCGUACAGCAAUGGCCGAGCCUUACAGGUGAAAUGUGGUCCAAUAGCUUCUCGUUUUGCAUUAAUUUGCAAACCUCUCAGGAGAUAAAUAAUCUACUAACGCAUGUGUAGGUCCAUUACCGCCCAAUUCACUGACCCGCAUGGCGCAUAUCAAUUUUAAAUGCUUUGUCAUUCAAUGCUUACAAUAUCGUAGCAGUGAUAACUAGGCAUGUUCGUUAUCUGAAAAUAUGAAUUGGGCGGCAACGGACAUAAUAUACACGCUCACUAGGGAUAUAGUUAGUGACCACAAAUCAGUCAAUGACAUUUAGUUUAAGCACCAGCUAUAUAUCCUGCAUGUGUUAUGAAAUUGUUGGUUUAUUGUUCUAUUCUUUGCUUACAUUAUCAUAACAAUGUCUAACUUUUAUUUUAUUUCCGUAUAGAAAAGCAAAGAAAAUUUGUCAUUUUGCUGGUCUGGCAACUGGGUCCACUCUCUGUAUUGUAAAUCUGACUUUUGCUGCUUCGUUUCGUUAUGGCGCCACGCUGGUAGUAGACUAUGACAUCACGCUGAAAGACAUGAUGACGUAAGUACUUGUGUUUCAAAUAUGUGGGGCGGGAGAAAAGAAGAAGGGAGGGAGGGAGGGAGGGAGGAAGGAAGGAAAGGAUGAAAGGAGGAAGGGAGUGAGGAGAGGGAAGGAGGGAGGAAGCAAUGGAUGGAGGAAGGGAGGAAGAAAGGAAGGCGGAGGGAGGGAGAGAGGGAAGGAGGGGAGGGAGGGAGGAGGGAAGGAAGGAAGGCGGGGGGAGAGGGAGGGAGGGGGGAGGGAUGAAUGGGGGGAGGAAGGAGGGAGGAGAGGGAAGGAGGGAGGAAGAAUGGACGAAGGGAGGGAGGAAGGGAGGUAGGGAGGAAGAAAGAAGAAAUGACGGAGGGAGAGGGAGGACUGGUAGGAGCGAGGGAUGGUUGGAAGGAAAGAAAGAAUGACGAGGGAGUGAGUAGCGCCCUUGACUGCAACUGCAUACCUUAUUUUUGUAUGCCUUGUAUGAGUCGAGUUUUUCCUACGACUUCUCCCCGUUAAUUAAUUCUGACAAUAUGAUGUAGCUUUUUCUAACAUUCAAAUUUUAUGAUAUAGUACGGUGUUUACGUAUCUCUCAGUCGGCGUGGUUGCUGGUCAAACCAGUUCCAUGACGCCUGAUUAUUCCAAAGCAAAAAUCGCCGCACAGAAAGUAUUUACAUUUAUUGAUUCUGUUCCGUCCAUCGACAACCAAUCAGAAGAAGGUUUGAAACCUGUAAGUACAAUGUUAGUUACAUUCUGAGGACGAGAGACCCAUAAUAUUUAUUCUUUAUGAGAUAUUUUGAUUUUUGCAGGAGAAAUGUAAAGGUGAAAUCAAGUUAAAUGAAGUCGGUUUCAGAUACCCAAGUCGACGUAAAAUCAAAGUAUUACGUAAUCUGAAUAUCACCGUGAAGCCAGGUCAGACUGUAGCAUUGGUUGGUACUAGUGGUUGUGGCAAGAGUACUACCAUCUCAUUGGUCGAACGGUUCUAUGACGUAAGCUCCGGAAGUGUGGUAAGAUCAUUGAAUUGUUUUGAUGCAAGGAUCAAGAAUUUAAUUGGGAUUGAUUGAACAUUAUCAUGCAGCAGCUAUCAAAGUUUGAUGCAAUAGUCGAAGUAAAUGAAUAGAACUGAGAAAUGUACCGAUAGUUUUAUUUGCUGUAUAUAAGUCUUGACAGUUUUAAAGGUGGCCACCAUCUGCUGUCUUUUAACGCUUAGUGAAACCCACAAAGCGUUUGUAAGUUAUGAUGCUUCAAAUAUUUUUAGACAAUGGAUGCUCAUAAUGUAAAAGAUUUGAACAUCAAAUGGUUACGUCACCAAAUUGGUAUAGUAUCUCAGGAACCAGUGUUAUUUGACAUGACGAUCAGAGAAAAUAUUGCUUACGGUGAUACUACAAGAGAAAUCAGUGAUAAGGAAAUUGAACAGGCUGCAAGGUCAGCCAAUAUCCAUCAGUUUAUUGGGAGCUUACCAAAGGUGAGAGUUUUUUUAUGGUAAGAGAGAGAAAAGAGGAGGAAGGAAGGGAGUGAAGGGGGAGGUGGGGGAAAUAAGGAGGGAGGAGGAAGAGAAAAACAGAAGGAGAUAAGAAAGAAAAGCAGGGAGGGAGGGGGAAGGAGGAAGGGAUGAGGUAAGGAAUGGAAGAAUGGAGUGAAGCGAGGAGAGGAAGGAAUGAAUGAAGGUGGAGGUGACAAUGGGACGAGAGAUGGUGGAAAGGACAAAAUCGGAUAAAUAUGGGAAGAAAGGAGGGAAACAUGGAAGGAAGGAAAGAAAGGAGGGAAAGACGCGACAUUCAUUAUAAACUAAUCUACAUCUGGUGAAUUAUUCCAGGGUUAUGACACAAUGGUGGGUGACAAAGGUACUCUUAUAUCAGGAGGUCAAAAACAAAGAAUCGCCAUUGCACGAGCAUUGAUUCGUGAUCCUAAAAUACUUUUACUGGAUGAAGCAACUUCAGCCUUGGAUACGGAGAGUGAAAAGGUGAAAUGCUACUUCUUUAGAAAUAUAUUAAAAAUUCAUAUAUUACUUGUUGAAACAUUUAUCCAAGACAUGUUUACUGGAUUGUUUACUAAUCUAUACACUGAGUGAGACAGUGCAGUACAUGGUGAUGAAAGAUGGUUAUUUGAAUAACUAAAGUGUUCACUCUUUGUGUAUGGUGGCAACAAUAAACUGCCCACUCCAAUAAGUGUCCAUACAUUUGAGGUUAGCGCCAUAUAUAUGACACCAUAUUGCUAACUAAAACCCACCCACACUGUCUUUUUUCAGGUAGUGCAGCAAGCUUUGGACAAUGCAAGUGUUGGUCGAACAACAUUGGUAAUAGCACAUCGUCUGUCAACCAUUCAACAUGCGGACUGUAUUGUUGUAAUCAGACGAGGCCGUGCUGUAGAACGUGGAACUCAUGAACAACUUUUAGCUAUGAAACGAAUUUAUCAUGCUUUACAUAAAGUACAAUCCAUGUCUCAGAGGUAGGUCUUUCAUGCAGGAAGACUACAAGAACAUGUUGGUCGUAUGGUAUGCCACGUAUCAUAAACAAGAAGGCUUUUAUUAGACAACGUACAGAGGGGCAUAUUUUGCCUAACAAGUUCCCACAGAAAAAUUCUCUUGAACAAAGUUUUCUGUGACGAGUUUUCCUUUGCACGUUGUCCUUAAGCCCUGUGAAAUGAUUAUCGAGGGUUUGCUGCAGUACUUCAUGUAAUGUUUGUAGUUAUUUGCACUUCGUUAGGGUCAGAUAAAAAAUCAUAUAUGGAAAUUUAUAUGGAAAUGUUUAAUUAAAAAAGAAAAAAUGAAAAUACGUAAGCAUUUAAAUUCAUAGAUUGCAUGUCUUCUGUUCACAGAGCAUGCUAUAUGUAAGGUAUCUUCAAUUUUUUAUACAAUGGUUGUAAAUUAAAGUCGGGAGUCUUACAUAUUUUCAUCUUGAUAGCGAUUGUAGGGGUUUGGGAGCAUGCUUCCCCGGGGAAAAUUUGAAUUUCUAAGUAUUUUGAGGCAUCUCUUACCAAAUCUAAAUGAGUAAAUGGAUUUUGCUUAUUAUUGGGAAAGGGCAUUUUCAAUCCUGGAAAAGAGCACACUCCUAUUCCAGAAGAGGAGC